CUGUGAAUGGGAUCAGAUGGGCAAAAAAAAGGGGGGGGGAACACCACCAAACCCCCACUUUCAUUGGUGGAACGCUUCAGCCAAUGAAAGAUCUUGAAAGCAUCGUUUAGGUGAUUGGAGGAAAAAGAAUAGCUACCCAGAAGCCCGUGGGCGGCUUUGGAGGAUGCUGCGAGGAGCCAGCUUGGGCGCUGCCGUCAGGGUCUCAGUCGCAAAGUCGGGAUGGAGCCUCGCUGUACGGAAGCCGAAGAGGCCGCUCGGGAACAGUCUGCUAAAGUCAUUAAACCAAUAGACCGUAAAUCAGUUCACCAGAUCUGUUCAGGCCAGGUGGUGUUGAAUCUGUGUACUGCGGUGAAAGAGCUGGUAGAAAAUAGUCUAGAUGCUGGCGCUUCCAGUAUUGAAGUGAAGCUUAAAGAUUAUGGAGCAAAUCUUAUUGAAGUUUCCGAUAAUGGUUGCGGUGUAGAAGAAAAAAACUUUGCAGGCUUGACUCUGAAACACUAUACUUCCAAGCUCCGAGACUUUUCUGACCUUAUACGUGUUGAAACAUUUGGCUUUCGGGGUGAAGCUCUGAGCUCCCUCUGUGCAUUAAGUGACAUUUCCAUUUGCACGUGCCACAAGUCUGCAAAGGUGGGAACACGUCUGGUGUUUGAUCACAAUGGGAAAAUCACUCAGCGAACCCCUUACCCUCGGCAACAGGGGACAACCGUCAGUGUGCAACAGUUGUUUUGUACCCUUCCUGUACGGCACAAGGAAUUUCAGCGCAACGUAAAGAAGGAAUAUGCAAAAAUGGUUCAGGUAUUACAGGCAUACUGUAUCAUUUCAACAGGAGUCCGAAUUAACUGCACCAAUCAGGUUGGCCAAGGGAAGAAGCAAGCUGUGGUAUCCACCAGUGGGGGUUCUGCUUUAAAGGAAAACAUUGGAGCAAUAUUUGGGCAAAAGCAGCUGCAAAGCCUGGUUCCUUUCGUUCAGCUGCCUCCUAGUGACACUAUCUGUGAGGAAUAUGGCCUGGAUACUUCUGAUAUGCCAACUGAUCUCUAUACCAUCACAGGUUUUGUGUCCCGCUCUGAUCACGGUGUGGGCAGGAGUACAGCAGACAGACAGUUCUUCUUUAUUAAUCAGCGGCCCUGUGACCCGACAAAGGUUUCGAAAGUUGUGAAUGAAGUGUACCACAUGUACAAUAGACACCAGUAUCCAUUUAUUGUCCUUAACAUAUGUGCAGAUUCCGAGUGUGUCGACAUCAAUGUGACCCCUGACAAAAGGCAAAUAUUGGUGCAGAAAGAGAAUUUUUUAUUAGCAGUUCUGAAAACGUCUCUGAUGGGAAUGUUUGGCAGUGAUGUUAACAAACUCGUCCUCAAUCAGAAGCUGCUGGAUGCUGAAGGAAAUUCUAAGACGGUGCCUCAAGAUGAGGCAGAACCACCUCACUUGGAAAUGUCGUCUAGUUCCUCACUUCCGGUUCCGAGUGGGAAAGCGAAAAGUGCAAUGAUGGCUGUAGCUAAACUUAGGGAGUCAUUUUCUCUCCAUCAAGCGAAAGAGGCCCCUGAGAGUAACAAAGAGCAACAUCAUUCCCCGGGGCAGAGAACGCUUGCGAUGUUUUUCGGUAUUUUGGAUUCUGCAAAGACGACAAGCAAGGAGGCAGAGGGUAGAAGUGAGAUGAAUUCAAGCAGAUCCAUGCUUCCUAGCAAAAGCUUCCAGAAAUCUACAGACGAUAAAGAUCCCAGGUGCAGCAGCACUUUGACAGAGUCGGAUGUGGGUCUAAGCACUCCAAAUAAGACCGGCUCUAGCAAGGAGGCAGAGGUUCUCAGUAAGAUGAAUUCAAGCAGGUCUGUGCUUCCUAGCAGAAACGUCAAGCAAUCCACAGAAGAUAAAGACUCUGGAUGUGGCAGCACCUCAACGGAGUCAGAGGUGGGUUUAAGCACUCCAGAAAUUGAAAGCGGUCACAGCUGUGAAAGUGUCACCAGUUCCCCGGAUGAAGAAUUCCAUGUUUCCAAAGAAGAGGUUCAAAGUAGGAGCCUUGACACUCGUGAUCAUUUCUGGGGAAUGAAAUCUGAACUGGACCAAAGUAAAGAAAGCAGCUUUUCCUCCAAGGCCAACAGUUGUCCCCCAAAUGAGAAGCGUUUAAAGAUACAUCAACCUCUUACGCCUGUAGCCAGUUCAUCGGAGACAAAGAAUGUUCCGAAUGACACAAUUCUGUCACAGUAUGACAUAGCUGUGGAAGUUAAAAAGAAAUCAGUGCCUUUGGCGUUCUCUAUGGACAUGUUGAAAGUCAGAGUAAAGAGGAUACUUCAGCAGCAGCAGAAGGCGGCAGAAACUCUGCGUUGCAGAAAAUUCAGAGCAAAAAUUAGCCCUGGGGAAAAUAAAACUGCAGAGGAGGAGUUAAGAAAAGAAAUAAGAAAAGAAAUGUUUGCUAAGAUGGACAUCAUUGGCCAGUUCAAUUUAGGAUUUAUAAUAGCCAAGCUGAAUUCUGACCUCUUCAUCAUUGACCAACAUGCCUCAGAUGAGAAAUACAACUUUGAGAUGUUACAAGAGCACACUGUUCUACAAGGGCAGAAGCUGAUUGCGCCUCAGAAUCUUAACUUAACUGCAGUAAGUGAAAAUAUAUUGAUGGAAAACCUGGAGAUUUUCAGAAAAAAUGGAUUUGAUUUUGUCAUCAAUGAAGGCGCUCCUGCCACUCAAAGAGUUAAACUAAUUUCUUUGCCAACCAGCAAAAACUGGACUUUUGGGACUCAAGAUGUCGAGGAGGUCAUAUUCAUGUUAAGCGAUUGCCCUGGGGUGAUGUGCAGGCCUUCAAGAGUGAGGCAGAUGUUUGCGUCUCGAGCGUGUAGGAAGUCUGUGAUGGUUGGAACUGCACUUAAUGCCAGCGAGAUGAAAAAGCUCAUCGCCCACAUGGGUGAGAUUGAGCAUCCUUGGAACUGUCCACAUGGAAGGCCUACAAUACGGCACUUGGCCAAUCUAGACCUGGUUUCACAAGAAUAACAAGCUGGUGGUUUUUGUUUUGUUUUUACAUUUUAUUAGCCAAUUUUACCAUGCAUUACUUUGGGAAAGUCAUUGUGGCCUCUUCUAAAAUUCCAGUUUAUUGUGCAAAGCUUUCAUUUUGCCAAAGCAAAAACCCGGGCUGCCAUUUUGUGCCGUAAAAUACAUUGUUUUUAUUGGGAGUCAGAUCCUUAGAGCAUCUAUACAGGUAGAUGAAGCUACCUCUGAAUGUCUGCCCUCUGCCUCUACCCCACAAUGUGCCCUCAGGAUCACCAGGUCUGUGUUCAGAUUGCAAGAUAACACCAGCACAGAUCUCUUUUCUGAGCACCACGGCACACGAGCGGCUGUUAAAUUUCUCUGCAAGAUUACUCCUCUCCCCCCCCCCCACACAGAACAGUAGCAAAUGGAUCUAACGGUAGGUAGAUUUAGCAGUGCCCCCUCCUCAGAUUAAGGACAUGUUCAAGUUAUAUUGCUGCCUUGGCUGAAACUGUGAUUUGGCUGUCCUUGCUCUGCAUCCUGAUGUUUUUUGGGGAGGAGGGCAGGGAGAGAAAUUGACCCCUCAAGAGCUUUUCCAGUCUUCUUUCCCCUACUCUUUAAAGGAAUAGGGUGACUUGGAGGGGUCCAUUAAUAAAUAUAAAUAAAUAAAUAAAUAAAUAAAUAAAUAAAUAAAUAAAUAAAUAGGCAAUGUGGGGCAAGACAUUCCUGCUCUACACUGUCACAUGAUUCUGGGGUGGGGGAGACAAUUGUUCUGCUUGCGGGCUUUCCAUCUCUUCUCGGAUUCUUGACUGCCUGGCCUAGCUGCUGGGUUGGGCCAGCAAGCCAGGCCUCACCAAGCUACGGCAGAAUGAUGGAUUGACUGACCAUUCAUAUUGGUGCAGUAGUUGCAGUGCUGUUGGCAAAAUGCCACAAACGUUUGUUCCUAUUAAAUAACCUGUAUAUAGAAAGAAUGGCUUGUAAGUACAGCUUUCUCAUCACGGACAGCCCUGUGUUUUUAUAACAGAUGUCUUUUAAGAAUUAAAGUUUUAUAUAGAGUCAUAAAGGUUUUUCAAUUUUCUAUUAAAGGUUUCCUCCUAGAA